UUCUUUCUAUCUACACUGAAAAACGGCUAUUUUUCUUUUUCUUUUUCUUUUUCUUUUUCUUUGUGCUUAAUAAUAAUAAUAGUUCAUGAAUUGGGUGAACUAGGGUUUUGUUGUGUUUUCACAGAAGAGGGCAAAAUCCCAAUAAUCAAAGAUUUCAAGUCUCGUCGUUGGUCUCUUUCUCUCUCUUGAUUUCUUUCAUCUAUUGAAGAAUUUCUGAAUUAACAUUCACAGUGUUUGAUGGGAACGUCAUCUGGAUCUCAUUUCCAUCAGCAACCUUCACCAAAAAUGCUGCCUCCUCGUCAACAGCCACGAGGACUGCAGACAUCCCUAUCCCUGGUUUCACCAGAUGCUUGUGGGUCUCCCAAUCUUCAAGAGCGUGGUUCAAACUCAGACCAAGUCCGUGAAUCUCCUUCAGAAAGUGCUAGCUCCCGUGAAACCUGGCCUACCGCUGAUGCGUUGAUUGCAAAAAAACUGGAGAAAGAGAAGGAAGGGGAGAAUGGUUUUGCUGAACAUUCUGUCAUCCGCCAUAUUUCGAGCUCAGAUAAGAUGUCUCUCAGAGAUGUGGUCAGAGAAAGAGUGGAUAUAAUAUCCGAACGAAUGCAGGAUCUUCCAGACGAGUUUCUCGAAAAGCUUAAGACUGAAAUUCGGGUUAUUCUUGAAGGAACAGGUGGUUCUCUACAUAGAGACGAAUUUCUCUCUCUGCAGAAGCUGGUUCAGAGUAGGAGUGAUUUGACUGAUAAGACAUUGAUUAGGGCACACAGGGUCCAGCUAGAAAUUCUUGUCGCGAUCAAGACUGGGAUUCAGGCGUUUUUGCAUCCAAGUGUCAGUCUCUCUCAAGCUUCUCUCAUUGAGGUUUUCCUCUACAAAAGGUGUAGAAACAUUGCCUGUGGGAGUCCCCUUCCAGCAGAGGACUGUAACUGUGAAGCUUGCUCUAUGAGGAAUGGUUUCUGCAACCUUUGCAUGUGUGUGAUCUGUAACAAGUUUGAUUUUGAAGUGAACACAUGCCGAUGGAUUGGUUGUGAUUCAUGUUCUCAUUGGACGCACACAGAUUGUGCUAUCCGUAAUGGACUGAUUGGCCCGGGCCCUGGUGUUAAGACGGGUUCAGUUCCAGCAGAUAUGCUUUUCGGGUGCCGAGCUUGCAAUAGGACAUCCGAGUUAUUGGGUUGGGUCAAAGAUGUGUUCCAACAAUGUGCACCAAGCUGGGAUCGGGAAGCACUGAUAAGAGAACUUGAUUAUGUGAGUAGAAUUUUCCGUGGGAGUGAGGAUCCACGAGGGAGAAAACUGGUCUGGAAGUGUGACGAACUCAUAGACAAACUGAAAGGCGGGAUGGCGGAACCUGCUGUGGCUUGUAAAGUAAUAUUGCUGUUCUUUCAAGAGCUUGAGGUGGACCCCUCGAAGAAUUCUGAAAGUGAGGAAGGUGGUCAGCUAAUAGCCCCACAGGAGGCAUUCAACAGGAUUGCCAAUGUUGUGCAGGAAGCAAUCAAAAAAAUGGAAAUGGUGGCAGAGGAGAAGAUGCGUAUGGUAAAGAAAGCUCGCCUGGCUGUUGAGGCUUGUGAUCAAGAGCUCAAGGACAAAGGUAGGGAAGUGGCAGCUCUAAAGAUGGAGAGGCAGAGAAAGAAACAACAAAUUGACGAGCUUGAAAGCAUCGUGAGGCUUAAACAGGCCGAGGCUGAUAUGUUUGAUGUCAAGGCCAGUGAGGCUAGGCGAGAAGCUGAGAGGCUUCAAAGGAUUGCACUUGCCAAAGCAGAGAAGUCAGAGGAAGAUUAUGCUAGUAGAUAUCUUAAACAGCGUUUGAACGAGGCUGAAGCUGAGAAACAGUAUCUAUUUGAGAAGAUUAAGCUUCAAGAGAGUUCACGAGCAUCACAGAGCAGUGCUGGAGGAAACGAAACAUCGCAGAUGAUGAUGUAUUGUAAAAUGCAGGACAUACUCAAGAACAUCUAUAAUGUACCUUCAAAGACAGAGGGCCAACCAAAUGACCACCACAACCUUGGUGCAAUUCCUUGAGUCAGUCUGGGAUGGACUAUUAGGUUUCUAUAUAUAUUAACCGUUGAUUCUGUGUGAAUUAUCUCUUGUUUUGGAUUUUUUCCAACAAUAUUAGCCUAGAAAUGAGGAGGACAUGCAUUUAAGAAGCUUAAAACCUUAUGAACAUCUAUAUUUUCGUGUAAUGUUGUGCAUAUUCCUAUGCCAGUGCAGGUAUGCUUUUAAAUUUGGGUUGACUGUACAA